AAAAGUUUAUCGUUGUCAAAAGAAGACUUACAAAAACGAAAGAAUCAAUGCUCGCGACAUCGACAAAAAUAUGCGCGACCAAAUACACCAGAAGGUUUUUGGAAUCCGUUGUUUCCCGAUACAUCAUCAUCAGACUAAAAGCUGAAAUGUUUCGUCAUUCAAAUCUGAGGCCCUAUUCUAGGGCUUGCUCUAAUGAUUUUGAGGUAGUUAAUCAGACUGAAAAAGUUUCAAUAGAAACUUUUAGUCAACUUAUGCAGGCUGCAUUAAGAGUUGCCAAGCAAAGGCAUCGAGAUCGAGUUCGAAGGGAAAAACUGAGGCAUCGUGUUAGAACUGGCCGACAAUAUUUGCAAAAUAUGCAUGAUUUAUACAACAAUAAUGAAGAUGCUCGAAGACCAACAUGAUCUAAGUUUCUACAUAAUAUUAUUUAUGAAAGAUAAAGAUUUCAAGAUCUUAUAAUACAUAUUAUAUUUUUUACUUUACUAUGUUUUACUUUGUUUAAAAUAUUUUGUUUUUCAAUAGAAGGCGUUUUCUCAGUCCAAUAAGCCGAUUUCUUUUUUAAGGCUCGGAUAGAAUGUAUAGAUUAAAUUGUCUAAUUCAGAGUUAGAAAUUUUUUUUUCUAAUAUUCUCUGAACGCCUUUGAGUUAGUUGUGCAAAAGUUACGUUUAGCAAUUCUAAAUUAAUACAUGCAUAUUAUAUAAGUUCUAGUUUUGUUUAAAAUAUUUUGUUCUCAACAACAGUUCUUGAUUUAGAAGUAUUUAUCGAAUUGUCUAGUCCACAGUUAGACAAAUAUUUUUUGUUCCUAUUUUGUUCUUAAUAGUUUAUAUAU